UGACAACAGAUUAGAAGCCAGACUGAAAGAGGAAGUUGUUUGUGCCCACAAUGGCCUCCCACCCUGAUGCAAAGGAAGCUGUACCAGCAGGAGAGGACUCUGCGGUGUUUAAUGAGGAACCACUCCUUCGCCGCGACAGUCAGAAGGUUCGUCAAAAUCGCCAGCGCACAAAAGAAAGAACUCCCACAAGGGUGGUCAGUGACGUGUUUGCCUUCCUCAACCAGAAUCCCUCUGCAUAUCUGGAGGAUUUGAACAACGAGGAUGAGAGAGAGGAGUCUGGGUCGGUGAGUGCUGGGGACCCGAUGUACGCUAAUGUGAAACGAGGACUGAUAGAUGCCGUCGAUCAUGCUGAGGAGGACGGAGGCAGAGUCUUGUGUCCGGAGUUCAGUAGUGGAGGGCCAAACAACUUUAUGGGCGAGAGCCAUGAAAAGUUUGUGAAUGGGUUUCAGUCCAAAGAUUCUGGCUUUGCUUCUCUUGAGCGGCAAAUCUGUGACGAAGGGCCUGGUGCCUUGUACGAGAGUUAUAUAAAAAACGAGGAGAUGAUGAUGGACGACGCGGAGAAUGUUUACCUAGAACCUGCCGUGGGUGCAGCUGAUGUUUAUGACAAUGCCCGCCCACUCAGUGCAAGUGACAAUGAUACCAAUAUCUAUGACGACGUUGAUGUUUCUUUUUCGGCAGCUGGCUCUGGUUCCCACAAAGAACACUCCACUUCUACUGCCAACCUGUCGGAUUGUCAAGCAAAAUCCGGUGCUGCAGUUGACGUCUCCAGAGACGUUUGUGAUUCUGUCAAGCUGUCUAAGUCUAGUACAGGACGCGAAUCAAAUGUUUAUGAACCUGUAAAAUCAAAUGAGAAUUGUGAAUUAGAAAGCAGCAUGUCAAAGAAAGAGACAUGUGUUGCCACUGAAGAUAAAACAUCUGUUCAAAAUAAUGAUAUUCCUGGGUUAUCUGAAAGCACUGUUGCUCAAAGUGUUGAAGGGAAGGGCUCUCCUGAGUCUUCUGUCUCAAAAUUGGGGGAAUCGUGUUCAUAUCACGGUGGUACAGGCGACAAAAAAUGCGAAGAAAAUAGCGUCCAUUUUGUACCAACUAUAACAGCACAGUUUACACCUGUUGCUUGUAAAGAGAGUGUGCCACGGGCAGAAAAUGGUGGCGCCGAUGCCGGUUCGAGUCAAGUGUUUACCAUCAAUCUUGAUCAGGGUGGCGGGGCCGGGGCCAGCAGCGCGGCUGUGAAGCAAGACUCCCUGGACAGGCAGAGCUACGUGAACAUGUACACCUCCUGCGAUAUGGUGCAGUCCUGUGGGAUGUUCAGUAGCCGUGACGGUCAGGACCCUCGCAAGUCUUCCACGGAAGACGACGACGAGGAAGAGGAGGAGGAAGAGGAUGUUCCGUCCAGUGUUCACACUGUGGUUCCCGAGGGUCAGAAUGUGAGUGUGAUUUCCGUGACGAGUGAUGAGGUGUAUGACACGGUUACUGUUGAUAACGUUGACAGUGAGGGGAAGAGGAGCAUCACAAGUCCGUCGGAUACAGUUUCCGCAGCCGCUGAAUCUUGUCUCGAGGUUUCAUCGGGUACGGCAAAUAACAAUAAAAAGGAAGUAGUCCUCGCUUCCCUUUCUACCGACUCGCAGGCGGAAGACUGUCUGUCGGUAAAUUCUCAGUUCAUCGAAUCUACUUCUCCUGUUCUGGAUGGGUCGGGUUCUGACAAAGUAAGACGACGACGGAAACUGGAGAAGAACCCUUCGGCUGAGAUAGGGAGCGAUGACUCCUCGGAUGAAGAUGUUGGAAUCUACGCGGAGAGCUUCCGGCGGUCCAACUGGGUGCGUGUCAGCCAACACAACAAGCAGGAGCUGGCCAUGCCGGUGUCCGCCGUGUCGCGGGGCUCCCAGAGUUCCUCUCCAGCCUCGGCCUCUGCCUUCUCCGGCCUGGGCUCGGCGGGCGAGUCUGUCACUGACAGUGAUGGGGUGCUAGAGGACCAGGGGGGCAUGAGCCCCAACCUCAAAAAUGAAGACGUGUUCACAGAGCUGGCGAGCCCCGCCCGCCCCCUCCACCGCCGCUCGGACUCCGUCACCACCACGGCCUCGGAGAGUGAGUUCAAGCGUCAGUACGUGUCUCGCAGGAAGUGCCUCAUACAGCGGGCCGACAGCCAGCAGGAGUACCACCGUCUCUCCGCACGUGUCUACGAUCAGGACAAACUGGUGGUGGUGCAGAGGACGGGAGACAGUGAUGACCUUGGCCUUCACCUGCUGGACAGUCACCCGGCUUACAUCACGUCGGUUGACCCCGGAAGUGCCGCAGAAAAGGCCGGUAUCGUGGAAGGCCAGAUAUUGGUCUCGGUCAACGGCGACCUGGUUCUGACCUCCGACCACAGCGACAUUGUGAAACUCAUUCAGAACUCUCCCGGGAGCGUCCGACUGGGCGUGGCCAACAGCGACUUCCAGCCGGUGCGAGACCUGCAGGCGUCGGUCAUGACGGGGGCCAUGUACAAACUGGGCCACUCCUCCCUGGUGCGCAUGUGGAAGAAGAGAUACUUCAUUCUGCGCCAGGAUAACUGUCUCUACUACUACAAGAACGACCAGGAACACGACCCACUCGGGGCCAUCCCACUAGGCGGCUACACCAUCUCUCGGCACACAGACACCAGCAAACACUUCUGCUUCAAGGCGGAGAAGUAUGGAGCCAGGACCUACUACUUUAUGACCGACAACAGGGACCAGCUGACCGAGUGGGUUGGCGCUCUGACAGAGGCAGCUGCUAGAUCUAAGAAAAGGAAAGAGUCUUUCCUGAGUGUGAGUAGUCACAACGUGAGCCUGCCAGCCCUAGACGUCAGGCGACCCGAGUGCAGCGGCUCCCUCGGCAAACUCAGCCCCAGCCGGAGGUCGUGGCGACGUCGUUACUGUGUCCUCAAGGAUGCCUGUGUCUACUACUACAAGGACAUGAACUCUCUCAGUGCUCUUGGCGUGGCUCAUCUCCACGGCUAUAAGGUGGAUGCGGAGAAUCACCCCCGCAGGAAGUGCAGCUUCAGCCUCCAGCCCCCAGAGCCUAAGAUGAGGGUGUUUUUCUUCUCUGCAGAGAAUGAGACGGACAAGAAAAGGUGGGUGGAAGCUUUGAUACACAGCAUCCAGCGCUGGGUGAAGGUGGAGCGAGAGGUCGACUGCUGAGCUGACACGCGUGCAGAGAGAAGGAGAGAUGUGUAACACAACGACGACACACUGAGUUGAGUGUCAAUGGCAGUGGGAGAUGCACUGACGCUGUGACACGCACCAACAGGAGGAGUUUGCUACACACUUGACACAACGACGAAACACUGAGUGCGUGUCGAUCACCGUCGCAAGCGGAUUGGCGAGAUGAAGCGUGCACAGAAAGAAUGAAGAACACAAUGUACGAACACGCUGAGUUGAGAGUCGAUGACCACAAAGUUAGGAUGACUGCAGUCAUAUACAGAUGAGAUAGUGCCAUCUGAAAUCUUUCUUUCUUUCCACAUUUGAGGAUUACGACAAAUCUGAUUAGCCCAUUUCAGAGACAUCCAUGUUGUGACAUUGUAUUAUCUUCAGCUCUGCUUUUGAUGAAGGACAUAAAUACAACAUCCCCCCCCCCCUCCCCCACUUCUUCUGGAAAGAGUGGUGUAUAUUUAUUGCUAAUCUCAUUCCACAGCAGGUGUUAUCCGCUGUAUUUAUAUUGUUGACAGAGAAUACAUGCGGACUUCAUGCUAAAUCUUUUUUUUUUUUUCAAUUCAAGUCCUGGGUGUAGUUUUGUCUGUAAUUAUUCCAGUGCUGCUUGUUUGAUUAUGCAGCAGGUGUACUCUGGAUAUAUAACAUUUGGAAUCUUGGAGGUUGUGUUUAGAUUUAUCGACAUCUUGAAUGAGCAGGGGUGUAAAGUUUGGUAUUUUGACGGUUGUGUUUAGAAUAGAACAUCAUCUACAUCUUGAAUGACAGAGGGAUGAUGAUGAUGAUAAUGAUAAUGAUAAUAGAUUGCAUUUAUUUACUGCUCUGUACCAUUCAACUAAUUUGAUUAGCCCAUUGCAGAUAUGUAUGCUUCCGCUGAAGCAAAGAAUGUUUCUGAGUGUUCUCAGAGGGUCUGCUGGGGUUAUAAUAGUUGUAAAGCGUAUAGAGCAAGCUCUUGGGCAUGGAUAUGUGCUAUAUAAAUGCAAUUAUUAUUAUUAUUUAGCUCUGAGUGCUUUACUUCAUUGACAUGAUUACUCACACAUACCUUCUAAAGCACUGAAAAUAUGAUUUCAUUUGAACAGAAAAACCAGUUCAACCACAUCAUAUAUGGAAGAAUGUUCUCAGCCACACACACACACACACACACACACACACACACACACACACA